AGUGCGCUGCUGCAUGUGCAGCGUGCGCCCGUGACACGUGUCGAUCUGACGACCACUUUGAUUCCUUGCCGAAACCGUUGGCCGGCGCGGACGAGCCCGUGUCGCUAUUCCGCUUCUUUCAGCCCCGCUCCUUCCCAGCAACUGUUCCAGAAUGAGCGGAGAGUCGUCGCCAGCUUUCCUUCACAGUAUUCAUCCCCGGCGGGGCAUCUUCGCCAAAGGCUUGAUCAAGGGCACGGCCGCCACCAGUCUCGCGGUGCUGUCUCUCCUAGGAGUGUGCGGCAUCGCCACGGUGCUGACGCUCAUCAUGCUUGACUCGCACGAUGUCGUGGUCAACGAGACCGUGACUGCAGAGGUCAGCCGGGUCACACUGCCCGUGGCCCCACUACGAAGAAGUUCCGCUCCAUCGCCGCCAGCACCAGGCCACCGGCACAUACAGUCCAAGCACAUGGCUUCGCUGUCCUCUGACAAGGUACACGUUGGCGUCCCGAAGCACGGGCGGGAAACUAACGCGGCAAGGGAAGCAAGUAGUGACCCGUUCGCGUACUCGGACAGGAAAGCAGAUGCCUUGAAAGAAGCCCGCACUGUGCACGACGCAAACAGUGCUGACAGUGGCGAUACUCUGGAACACAACACCACUGUAGUGGUCAGAAAAGCGCCGGCUUUCGCCAGUGGCGAGGACUACUACAGAGAAGUAUCGAACAGCUUCAAUAUGUCGACAAAGAAUGGUGACAACGGAGUGGUGGGAGGUUCGGAGGAAAACUUGCACCAUAGUUCCUUGCAAGGAGAGGUUUCGAGUUCAUCGAGUUGGUCGCGACCUCAAGAAUCGCCGGUGCACCAGACUACCUGGCCCAGCACAGUGCGCAUAACCACCACGACUUCCACAGAAGUGUCUUCCGUAUCUUUUACGACAACUGCAACACCACGGAAGACGACACUGGCAGCUACCAUGACCAGCAGCAGAAAACGCCACGUGGUCAAGGACGCCACGCUGAGCCCUACUGCGAAUGGCGUGUCGGGGGUCGAUGACCCGGAGAAACGCACAUAUGGCUCAUCAUCAUGGUUGCUGUUCUGUUUCUACGAUGAUCGUAGUAGCAUCCGCUCUCCGGGCUUCUCGGUGUACGACUUCCCCGUGCAGCUGUGCACGGAAGUCGCCUUCUGUUGCGUGGACGUGAACGCCAAGGGCCAGGUGGCGAUCAGCAAGAACCUGAAGCUGUUCCUCGAGGUGGUGGCCCACGAAUUUCUGCCACCCAAUCACCUCUUCAUAACACUGGGAGGCCACCGCCUGCUUUCCCACCACUUGGACGCGGCUCUUGAAAACACCGCGCGCUUCGCCACGGAGCUCUCGGAAGAGGCGCAGCGACUGGGCGCAGGCGGGUUGGCCAUCUACCUAGAGGACGUGGAGGUACUGAAGCACGCUCUUCGCGUUCACGACCUCAUAAUGGCCGUGCGAGGCGUGUCCGUGGCUGUCGUGUUGCCGCGCGACCUGCGGCAGCAGGUGCGCUAUUACCGCACCGAGAUCUACGCUGACACCAAGGACAUGCUGGUCAUCUCGCCGCCGUCGCAGGGCUACGGCGGCAGGCAGCUACGUCCGGCGUUCGCCACUUGCCCGCACCCUCGCCGAAGCGUCCAGGAGGGCUCGUCUCUCGAGUUCAUCUACCAGCUCUCGAGGACCCUGCUAUCAUCAAUGGUCGACGACACCGGCAACUACGCCUCCAGCAACGUGGUCGCUGCAGUCGAGCGGCCGACGGCGCCGCGCUAUCUCAUCGGCGUCUCUUUCGGCGGCUUGAAGUUCCAGCUGAAGAACCGCAGCCUCCACGACGUCGGGUCGCCGGCCACCUUCGUUCGCGCCGUGCCAUUCCGCGAGAUCUGCAGCCAGCCCUGGCACCACUGGCACGACAACGUGAGCGAGUGCUUCGUGGCCUGGGACGGAGACCGGGGCUGGAUGUCGUCGCUGGGGCCACGGAGCGUCGGCUUUGCCAAAGAGCUGGCCGACGGACUGGCCGUGUUCGACCUGGACUUCGACGACCACCGCGGCCAGUGCGGCAACAAGUUUCCCGUACUCAGGGCGCUUCGUGCCGCGUUGAUUGCUCGGCACGCCAAGAAGCUGACAUGAGUCAGCGUGGCAACGCAGCCUCCAUUGGGGCCGCGUUUCUUCCGUCCGAAGCACUCGCCUACCAGCCCGUCGGCAGGUUACGGACGUGAUUAUAACGUUAACGAAUUUGUUCGUAAAUAAAUGGCACGUUUCUUGUCGGUUGCGGGAGAGCGAUAUUACACCAUGUCAGUGUGACAGCAGGUGGCUCCCUAGCGCCAAGUAAUUUCUAAAAGCAGAGGAAAA